GGUGGGGGAGUCAGAAGGGGGCAGUCUGAACCCCAGGAAUGUGGGUGAAGAGGCUGCUGCUCCAAAGCCAGGCUGUUCAGGAGCUGGGGGCCAGGGCCUAAUGCCCCAUGUCCCAGCAGGAGCUGCUAAGCCAGCCAGCAAGGGGAUUAGCGGGCUGAGCAAUCCGCCUUCCUUCAGGUUGAUGCCAGAAUGUCGGUGCUGUCUCCCUAGCUCCCCGCCAGGGGCCUUGCUGGCCAGCAGCCAGCUCCUGCCCAGCCCUAAAGGGCUCUUCUAUCUUCUGUUUCCCCCUCAUUUCCCAAACAAUCCACAGUACCUAUUCCCUGGCCUAGUUCCCCCACUUUUGACACACACAACUCCCAGGUACCCAGGACCCCCUCCCCAAUACCCCAUCUCUAAGCCUAGCCUCCCCACAUGUGGCCAAAGAGCACUUGCCAAAAAGUUCUCCAUGAUGUCUAACUCUAGUUUUGCCUGCAAGAAAUUGUAAGUCCUUUUCCACUCUACCCUAAAGUCAGAAGACAGAAAACCCCACGGGUCAGAUUACAAGAGCAAAGUCCACCAUCCCAGGGGUGGUGCUUGGGUUAGGGAUUAUGAGAAAUUUAGGGCACUUGAUUCAGGUUUCUAAAGGGGUUUCCCUGGGUAGAAAGGCCUUGAGGGAAGAUGGGUCGCUCCUCCUGGCCCCUCCUUUAUCUAUCCCUGGGGGCGGGGCAGUGAUACCCACCUGGGCCACGGGCCCCGCCCCCCACCCCCAGAGGGCUGGGCAGAAGCUUUGCUGGGGACCCUGCUCAGGCUUUGCGGCUGCUGUGGGCGGGCUCUGGCCUUUUCCAGCCCCCGGGCCUCCCCUACAUUCUGGAGUCCAGAGCCACUGCUUUUGCUGUUGCUGCCGCUGGCCACCACCUCUCCUUCUCUGCCUCUGACCCUCCCUCUGACUGCUCCCCCACCCAGCUGCCCCUCCCACCUGGCGAUGACCACAGCGCCCCCUGGGACCCUGGCCCAGCUCUGAGCCCUGGGACCCCCUCCGUCCCCUCCCUUGGGCAAUGGCCAACUCGGGCCUCCAGCUCCUGGGCUACUUCCUGGCCCUGGGUGGCUGGGUGGGCAUCAUUGCCAGCACCGCCCUGCCGCAGUGGAAGCAGUCCUCUUACGCCGGCGACGCCAUCAUCACUGCUGUGGGGCUCUAUGAAGGGCUCUGGAUGUCCUGCGCCUCCCAGAGCACUGGUCAGGUGCAGUGCAAGCUCUAUGACUCCCUGCUCGCCCUGGAUGGUCACAUUCAGUCGGCUCGAGCCCUGAUGGUGGUGGCUGUGCUCCUGGGCUUCGUGGCCAUGGUCCUCAGUGUCAUAGGCAUGAAGUGCACAAGGGUCGGAGACAGCAACCCCAUUGCCAAAGGCCGUGUGGCCAUCUCUGGUGGUGCCCUCUUCCUCCUGGCUGGCCUCUGCACUUUGACUGCUGUCUCCUGGUAUGCCACCCUGGUGACCCAGGAGUUCUUCAACCCAAGCACACCUGUCAAUGCCAGGUACGAAUUUGGCCCAGCCCUGUUUGUGGGCUGGGCCUCAGCUGGCCUGGCCAUGCUGGGGGGUUCUUUCCUCUGCUGCACAUGUCCGGAGCCUGAGAGAGUCAACAGCAGUCCGCAGCCCUACCGGCCUGGACCUUCCACUGCUGCCCGCGAACCCAUUGUUAAAUUGCCCGCCUCCGCCAAGGGCCCCCUGGGUAUGUAAUGUCCAGUCCCCAGCCAGCCUCUGUUCCUUGCUGCACCUAGAUUGUGUUUGGUAUUUUUUUGGAAAGAGACGUGAACAUUCAGCC